AUUUUCAAAAUAAAGAGCAAAGAAAAUGCUGUUCAUGAUGUAUUUGGCAAUGCAGGUUAUUAGGAGAUGGCCGCCAAAGCAAAGAAAAAUUUCAAUGUUAGUUGAUCAAGUAUUACUUCUUCAAAGCAAAUUUGCUUAUUGCAGCCACACACAUGUAGCACGUAAUGAUAUUAAAUAUGCCUUUAAACUUGCAAGGGAAGCAGUAGAUUCUCAGGUUACGAGGCCUGUAGAUCAAAACCAUGGCAAGACUGUGAAAGAGACUUGUGUUAUCUGCUUAGAAGAUACUGAUUUUGGGUGCAUGUUUUCAGUCGAUGGGUGCAUGCACCGAUACUGCUUUUCUUGUAUGAAACAGCAUGUGGAGGUGAAGUUGCUUCAUGGAAUGGUGCCCAAAUGCCCUCAUGAGGACUGUAAGACUGAGCUUAAUAUUGACAGCUGUAAAAAGUUCUUGACCCCUAAAAUGAUUGAGACAUGGAAACAACGCUUGAAGGAGGCUUCAAUUCCCGUUGGAGAUAAAGUUUAUUGCCCAUAUCCUAGGUGCUCGGCCUUAAUGUCAAGAAGUGAGGUUUCAGAAUAUACUAAAAGUGUACUUGUUGGAGCUGAGAGAUCUGGAGCCAGUAAAUGCCUGAAAUGUCAUGGCCUUUUCUGUAUCAACUGCAAGGUUCCUUGGCAUAGUAACAUGACAUGUCUUGAUUACAAAAGAAAGAAUCCUAAUCCCCCAGCAGAGGAUCUUAAGCUGAAGUCACUUGCAACAAUGAAUUUGUGGCGCCAGUGUGUGAAGUGCAACCACAUGAUAGAACUUUCUGAGGGUUGCUACCACAUGACUUGCAGAUGUGGGUAUGAGUUUUGCUAUAAUUGUGGGGCUGCAUGGAAGGACAAAAAGGCAACUUGCUCUUGUCCACUCUGGGAGGAGGAUCGCAUUUGGCAUGAAAAUAGGGACUCUGAUGAAGAGGAGGAAGAGGAAGAGGAGGAGGAUGACUGGUUCGAGGAAGAGGAGGAUGACUGGUUCCAUUUCUGACGACUCUCAACUUCUUGUUGACUCUACUCUCACUCUUCUAUCCUAUCUGUCUGGCUAAUUGCAAGGUUGGUGAAUAUUGGACAAUAUAUGUGUAUAACUUGUAAGUUUGGCAUACAUUGUAUUAGCCAAGUUCUUAAACCAGUUGGAAGAUAUUCUGCCAACAUCUCUUUUCCAGUAAAGAAGCCAAGAUAAGGAAACUCACUGAGAAAAACCAGCUUGGUAGAGUUCAGUUGUUAUAAUCAUUGAGGGAUGAAGUAAUAUGUUCAUUCAAGUA